CAAACAGUCCCUCACAUUCUUCAUCCCCCACCAAUGCUCCUCCGCGCGCGCGUGCGGCGUCCAGCCGCCGGCGCCUCGCCCCUCCGCCCGAGCCGGCCAUCUCCCGCGCCCUUCACCACCACCACCACCGAUGCCUCUACGUCGUCUUCCCCCGAUCCCGACGGCGUGGCAGCCGAGGUGGCCACCCUCCUCUCCCGCUGCUCCGGCGACUGGAAGCUCGCCAUCGCCGCCUCCGACCUCCCCUCCCGCCUCUCUCCCGCUUCCGUGUCCUCCCUCCUCCUCCGCGGCGCCUCCUCCCCGCGCCUCCACCCCAAGCUCCUGCUGGAUUUCUUCUACUGGUCCCGCCCCCGCCUCGGGCCCUCAGCGCCCGCCCCCGACGCAUUUGCCCACCUCGCCGUCUCCCUCUGCGCCGCCGGCCUCUUCCCCCAGGCCAACGGGCUCCUCGACCACAUGAUCCGCGCCUACCCCACCCCUCCCCUCGUCCUCAGCUCCGUCCACCGCGCGGUCUCCGGCUCCGGCCACGACCGCCGGCCGGUCGUCCUCGACGUCCUCGUCGACACCUACAAGAAGACCGGGAGGGUCCGGGAUGGCGCCGAGGUUGUCCUGCUGAUGAAGGAUCUCGGCUUGGCGCCCAGCCUUCGCUGCUGCAACGCGCUGCUCAAGGACCUGCUGCGCGCGGACGCCCUGGAUCUGCUCUGGAAGGUGCGCGGCUUCAUGGAGGACGCCGGCGUUUCGCCGGAUGUGUACACGUACUCGACAUUGAUCGAGGCGUAUUGCAAGGUCCGGGACUUGGAUGCUGCGAAGAAGGUGCUUGAGGAAAUGCGUGAGACGGGAUGCAGCGUGAACACAGUGACCUACAAUAUAUUGAUUGGUGGUCUGUGCAGAGCUGGAGCUGUCGAAGAGGCGUUUGGGUUCAAGAAGGAGAUGGAGGAUUAUGGGUUGGUUCCGGAUGGAUUUACUUAUGGUGCAAUCAUUAAUGGUCUGUGCAAGCGUGGCAGGCCGAGUCAGGCGAAGUGCUUGCUGGAUGAGAUGUCUUGUGCUGGGUUAAAGCCUAAUGUUGUUGUUUAUGCAACUCUGGUUGAUGGGUUCAUGAGGGAGGGCAAUUCGGACGAGGCGUUUAAGAUAAUCAAGGACAUGUCUGCUGCUGGUGUGCAGCCAAACAAGAUCACCUAUGACAAUCUCAUCCGGGGUCUAUGUAAAUUGGGGCAGCUGGGGAGGGCUACCGAAGUUUUGAAGGAAAUGGUCAAAAUUGGUCAUAUCGCUGACACCAUCACUUUCAAUCAUCUCAUUGAAGGGCAUCUCCGACAGCAUAACAAAGAAGAAGCCUUUUGGCUGCUUAAUGAAAUGAGAAAGGAUGGUAUUUCGCCUAAUGUAUACACUUACAGCAUAAUCAUCAAUGGACUAUGCCAAAUCGGUGAAUUGGAAACAGCAGGUGGUCUCCUUGAGCAAAUGGUUGCAGAAGGUAUAAAGCCCAAUGCAUUUGUUUAUGCGCCUCUUAUCUCAGGGUAUUGCAGGGAAGGCAAAUUCUCAUUGGCUUGUGAAGCUUUCAAAAAGAUGACCAGUUCCAAUGUAGUGCCUGAUUUGUACUGCUACAAUUCUCUUAUAAUUGGACUAUCUAAGGUGGGAAAGAUGGAGGAAGCCAUAGAGUACUAUGAUCAGAUGCUGGAGAAAGGAGUGCACCCUAAUGAGUUCACGUAUGAUGGUCUGAUUCAUGGCUAUAGUAUGACUGGGAAUGUAGAAAAGGCUGAACAGUUACUCCAUCAGAUGCUUAAUAGACUAAAACCAAAGGACUUUAUCUACGCUCACCUCCUAGAAGUUUACUUCAAGUCAGAUAAUCUUGAAAAGGUUUCCUCUAUUCUUCAAUCCAUGUUAGACAGGGGAGUCAUGCCAGACAACCGUUUGUAUGGAAUUGUGAUUCACAAUCUGUCAAGAUCUGGACAUAUGGAAGCAGCUUUUAGGGUUCUCUCAGUGAUGGAGAAGAAUGGGUUAGUUCCUGAUUUGCAUAUAUACAGUUCAUUGAUAUCUGGUCUUUGCAAGACAGCUGAUGUGGAGAAAGCUGUUGGCCUUCUUGAUGAGAUGGGUAAAAAAGGAGUGGAGCCUGGUAUUGUAUGCUAUAAUGCCCUAAUCGAUGGGCUUUGCAAGUCCGAUAAUAUUUCUCAUGCUCGUAAUGUCUUCAGUAGCAUAUUAAUUAAGGGAUUAGUGCCAAAUUGUGUGACAUAUACAUGUUUGAUAGAUGGAUACUGCAAAGCUGGUGAUAUCCAUGAUGCUAUUGGUCUUUAUAACGAAAUGCUAGCAAGAGGGGUAACCCCAGAUGCUUUUGUCUAUAGUGUGCUUACCUCUGGCUGCUCAAAUUCCGGGGACCUUCAACAGGCUCUGUUUAUAACUGAAGAGAUGGUUCUUAGGGGAUAUGCAAGUAUUUCUUCUUUCAACACCUUGGUCCAUGGCUUCUGCAAACGUGGAAAAUUGCAGGAAACUGUGAAGUUUCUCCACAUGAUGAUGGACAAAGACAUAGUGCCUAACAUGCUGACUGUUGAAAAUAUCGUAAAAGGACUUGAUGAGGCUGGGAAACUCAGUGAAGCACACACAAUUUUUGUUGAGCUGCAACAGAAGAAAGCUUCGCAACAUGAUACAGAUCACUUGUCCUCAUUGUUUACAGGCAUGAUCAAUCAAGGACUAGCUCCUCUAGAUGUGACACAUAACAUGAUCCAGUCUCAUUGUAAAGGAGGAGAUUUGGAUAAGGCUUUGAUGCUACAUGAUGCUCUUGUGGCAAAAGGUGCUCCCAUGAGCUGCACAUCUUAUCUUGCUUUAUUGGAUGGCCUUUGCCGGAAGAGCAAACUGACCGAAGCUUUUAAUUUGCUAAAAGAAAUGGAAGAGAUGGGUAUUUGUCCUUCCGAGGAUCAGUGCAUGAUACUGUUAAAUGAUCUUCACUCGUCAGGAUUCAUCCAGGAAUACAAUAAAGUAUUUGAUACUAUGUUGUGUUACAAGUGGUUACAAAAGGAAAGCAAAUGUAAUUCGGUUGGUAAUAGUCAGGAAGCUGCGAAUGCAGAAUAACCAUAUAAUCCUGAUGCCAUUGUACUGCAAAUUUAUGAACUUCUUUUUGAUAGAUGAGAGUUUGAGUGGAUUAAUUUACUCCAUAGAAUCUGCCUGAUUUCUUCUUGUUGCAAAUCAGAAAACUAUAAGCCUCUGCAGCUUUAGGUUAAUCUGUUUUGCGGUCCAGCAUUUUUUCUGGUUCAGGUAUGGCAGGUUGAAGAUGCAAAAAGGUUGUGUUUUAGUAAUGUAAAGAGUGCAACUGCAUAACAAUGCUUAGCUCUGUAGAAUAACAUUUUUUUAUUGCUUUGACUUAGCUGUGCAACUACUAAGUGGUUUGUGAUUACUCCUA